AUGGGACCCCAGACCCCAUCUUCGGAACCUCCACGCCCGGUGACUGUGUUCUUUGGGCCUGUCUACCCAGAGCUAACCCAAUCCAGUUCGCGUAUCCGACAAUACCUCGCGGAUAAAGCAUCCGCAGGAUGGCUGGACGAUACCCUACAGGGGCUGCCAUCUACCUGGCAAGAUAUCAUGCGGCAAUGGCCAGCUCUCAAGAAGAUUCCAGGCGAGUCACUGCUCCGACAGCUGACCCAAUACCUAUGCCGCGAGUCAUCCUGCCCCGUUGGGGAUACACUGAACUUGUUGCUUGUUCCGGUUACCGUGUUGCGGCACAUUGUCGAAUUCCAACAGCUCAAAGAUGAGAAAAAGCAUUUGGAGAUCAGAGACGUCCAAGGAUUUUGCGUUGGAGUGCUUGCUGCUAUUACAGCAUCCUGGGAGCACGAUGAUGCGGAAUUCCCCAAGGUUGUCAGUACCGUUCUCCGCGUGGCUGUCUGUAUCGGGGCACUAGUCGACCUGGAUGAAGUCAACGGAUCCUCUUCCAAGUCUAUGGCUGUACGGUGGAAGACAAAAUGCGAGUACAGACAUCUUGGGCAAGUACUGGAGCGGUACAAGGGCUAUAUCGCCUGCAUGAUCAAGACAAACGGCGCCACAGUCACAGUACCCACUGCAAACUACCUGUCCUUGGCAGAGGAGCUUGAGAGCCACGGCAUCUCGGUCAAGAACCUCCCCCUGCGUGGGAGGUUCCACACCGCCGAUCACAUCCCUGCGAUGAAGCAGUUGCUUGCCCUCUGCGCGAGAGACGCUCGAUUUCAACUGCCAAUCAAGAAAAAUCUACCGUUAUUGCCCCGAUCUAAUGUAGACGGCACUCGGCUUCCGAGCAAUGUGCUGAUGGCAGCAGCGGUCGAGUCCAUUCUGGCCAAGCAGGCCAACUGGAUGCUCACUGUGGCCGAGGCUCUCAACAGCGAGGGCCCGCCAGACGAAAAACACGCCGUGGUCAUCGGAGCGGGGCAGAUCAUCCCGCAGCGAUCCCUCUUGGCCAGUGUCGAGCACAUCGGAGACCAGAUGGCGCCCACUGACACUUCUCUUCAUCGACCGAGUCCAACAAUAGAUAUACGGCCCACUGCGCAGUGCAACGGAACUUCUCCGGAGACUUCGACCCAGGCUGUCUCGGCGCCAAUCGCCGUCACUGGAUUCGCGUGUCGGUACCCCCAGGCAGACUCGGUCGAAGCACUCUGGACGCUACUCGAGCGCGGCCAGUGCACAGUAAGCUCCAUGCCCAACCACCGGCUCAAAGCGGACAGCCUGCAGCGGCAGCCACGAGGACCGUUCUGGGGCAAUUAUCUCGAAAGUCCGGAGAGCUUUGACCAUCGCUUCUUUGGCGUCUCAGCCCGCGAAGCAGAAUCUAUGGAUCCGCAACAAAGGCUCCUGCUCCAGGUUGCGUAUGAAGCCAUCGAGUCAGCCACCUACUGCGGCCUACGCGCUACGAAGCUGCCAGACGAUGUUGGUUGUUAUAUCGGGGUAGGAUCAGAUGAUUACAGCCAGAAUGUGGGCUCGCGCGACGCGACGGCUUUCUCCGCGACGGGGACGCUGCAAGCCUUCAACAGUGGCCGCAUCAGCCACUUUUUCGGGUGGAGCGGACCUUCUAUCACAGUCGAUACGGCCUGUUCUUCUGCGGCGGUGGCCAUUCACCUUGCGUGCCGGGCACUGCAGGCAAAUGAUUGCUCCAUUGCCGUCGCUGGCGGCGUCAAUGUCAUGACAGACCCUCGCUGGUCACAGAACCUCGCCGCCGCCUCCUUUUUAUCUCCAACAGGUGCCUCAAAAGCAUUUGAUGCGGCUGCUGAUGGGUACUGCCGCGGGGAAGGGGCUGGGCUACUGGUUCUCCGGCCAUUGGACGCUGCGCUUCGGGACGGGGAUCCGAUCCAUGCGGUGAUUACAGGAACCUGCGUCAACCAGGGCGCCAACUGUUCUCCAAUCACUGUGCCAGACUCUAAUUCCCAAAGAAGCCUGUACAUGAAAGCCCUGGCGCAGUCUGGCUUGCACCCCGAUGCUGUCUGCUACGUAGAAGCACAUGGGACCGGCACCCAGGUCGGCGACCCGAUCGAGUACGAGAGUAUCCGAUGCACGUUUGGCGGCCCCCAGCGAACUGAAACGGUCUAUAUCGGAUCCAUCAAAGACAACAUCGGGCACACCGAAACCUCAUCGGGAGCUGCAGGCAUGGUGAAGACGAUCCUCAUGAUCCAGAAGCGGCGAAUCCCCAAGCAGGCCAAUUUCUCGUGCUUGAACCCGCGAAUUGUCACCCACGAGCGGGACCAGAUUGCGAUUCCCACGCAGUCGCUCGAAUGGAAAGCAGCGAAGCGUGUGGCUCUGGUCACCAACUACGGAGCUGCUGGAAGUAACGCUGUCAUUGUUGUCAAAGAGCCCAUUAAACCCGGCGUUGAUCGCUCAACAUGGCCUGCGCGUGUCCCGUUCAUCAUUACGGCCAAAACAGAAGAGUCUCUACGCGAAUAUUGCCGCGAGCUUCAGCACACCCUCCUCGCACAGCAGCAAGGGAGUGGCAGCGCGACGCACCACCUCGCAUACAAUCUCGCUGCAAAACAAAACAGGUGCCUGGAAUACCAGCUCUCGUUCUCUUGCGAGCCAGCAGAGGUCGCAACUCGGUUGCAAGACAUCGCGGCUGGUCGUUCAAAGCCCACGAGAUGCACUGCCCCGUCACCCCCAGUUGUCCUCUGUUUUGGUGGUCAGACUGGAGAUACAGCGAGUAUUUCACCAACUCUCGUUGAGAAUUGCGAUAUUCUGCGUUCCCAUUUGACGCAAUGUGAUGAAGUAUGCCACGCGCUCGGUCUCCCUGGUCUGUUCCCAACCAUAUUCAGUCCGGAACCGAGGACGGACCUGGUCAGCCUGCAUUGUAUUCUCUUCUCGAUCCAAUACGCGUCCGCCAAGGCGUGGCUCGACUGUGGCCUCGUGGUGGACCGAAUGAUUGGGCACAGCUUCGGCCAAUUGACCGCCAUUUGUGUCGCCGGUGGUCUAUCGCUUAUUGAUGGCUUGCGUUUGGUCUCAAAGCGGGCGGCACUGAUACAGGAGAAAUGGGGCCCCGAGCGGGGGGUAAUGCUUUCACUCAAAGUCACCAAGACCCAGGUCCAGGAGUUGUUGUGCGCUGCUUCGGGUACUGUGGACGUUGCCUGUUUCAAUGGACCGCAGAGCUUUGUGCUCGCUGGCAAUGAAAAGUCAAUUGCACAGGUGGAAACGCUUUGUGUGCAGAGAGGGCUUGAACACCACAAGAAGCGACUCAGAAAUACACAUGCAUUCCAUUCCCGCCUCGUGGAGCCUCUUCUGCCAGAGCUGUCCCAAGUAGCAGACACACUGGACUACAGCCCACUUCGCAUCCCCGUCGAGGCGUGUUCUGAGGAGCCGGACCAUUGGGCGCGUCUUACAGCAUCCAAAGUCGUACGACAUUCCCGCGAGCCAGUGUACUUUCACCCUGCGGUGCAACGUACGCUCAGGCACAUUCCGGGUCCUUGUGUGUGGCUGGAAGCUGGCAGCGCGUCUCCCAUUGUUGGGAUGGUGCGGCGUGUCGUCAAGGCGUCAGGCCCAGGCGGAGAGCAUACCUACUUGCCGAUUGACUUGCAAGAGUCUACCGCUGAGUGUAACUUGGCCGAUGUGACAAAGGUGCUGUGGUCAAAAGGAGUUCCUGUGCAAUUCUGGGCCUUUCAUGGGUCACCGGCGGGAUAUAAAUGGAUCAACCUCCCACCAUAUCAAUUCAGCAAAACGCGGCAUUGGAUCGACUACGACCCAUACGCCUUCCACCCAACAGGUGCAUUGUCAGAGGAGGAAAAGCAUGACGACGGGCUCCUGCAACUUGUGGAACGCGACGCAAACGGUUGUCUGUUCCGCAUCAACAAUCAAGAUCCGGCCUACCGCAUGUGUACCGAGGGCCAUGCCGUGGUCGACCAGAACCUCUGCCCGGCUUCGCUGUAUGUCGAAAUCGUAGUCAGAGGCGCCAUGACCCUGUCGGCCAACGGUCAGGCAGCGGCGAUGGCUCACAUUGAAGCGCUCAGCAUCUCGGCGCCUCUUGUGGUGGACAUGCCAGGGUCCGUGUGUUUGAGUGUGACGCAGAUUGCCAACAACAACGAUGGCGGGUGGAUGUUCUCCUUGUUCAGCCAGGACGGGGACCGCACUCCAAUCACGCAUGCCACCGGCAAGGUCUUGCUGGAUCCCCAGGCAGCCGGGUCUGCGGCGUCUGCUCGCUUCCACUCAUUGAAGCGCCUCCUGGACCCCGGCCAAUUCGACUCGAUCCCAAAGUCGCCUUCAUCGAAUGGGCUUAAGCGAGCGACGGUCUAUCAGGCGUUCCGUAGAGCCGUCAACUACGCCGACUACUAUCGUGGCGUUGAGGAGGUCUACGCUGUCGGUCACAGGGCGGCCGGGCGAGUGUUGCUGCCUUCAUCCCCCACGCGAAUGGCCGCGUGUGACCCCAUCCUCAUGGACAACUUUCUACAGGUUGCGGGGAUCCACGUCAACUGCUUGUCUGAAACGGAUGAGGACGAGGUCUUUGUAUGUAGCUCCGUCGGUGAAGUGUCACUGGGCAGUCGAUAUCUCAACAGGGACGCUGCAACUCCACAGGCGUGGACUGUUUACUCCACCUAUGAGCGCGAGUCGGGGAAACGGGUGACGUGCGAUGUAUUUGCCCUAGAUGAAGAUCGCAUGCUCGCGGUGACCAUCAUGUCAGCCACGUUUACGAGUGUGUCGAUCCAGUCUCUCAAGCGGACGUUGAGUAGGCUGAACGGGCAUUCCAGCUCAUUGGGACAACAUGAGCCUCAGCUUCAGGAAAAAUUGGCACCAGCUGCACACAUCACCGUCAGCGACGACCACCAUCUUCGUGCUGUCCAAUCAAUGCUCGGUGACCUGCUGGGCGUGUCGCCUGGUGAGCUUCCCGGCAAUGCACCUCUCGCCGAGAUCGGUGUUGACUCGUUGAUGAGCACCGAGGUCCUGGCCGAGGUGGAUAAACGCUUUGGGGUCAAUAUAACCAACACCGAACUGGCAGACAUCGCAGAUGUUCGUGGUCUCGCCCACCGCAUUUCCCCAAGUUCGUCCGUGGUCCACGUCGAGACCUCUAAAGAAUCAAGUGUAGCAAACGACAUCAGCGUCGGCGGGCAGCAGCCGAUCAUCGAGUCUCCCCCCGUCACGCACCAGGAGGAUUCGCCCCGGUUUGCAGACAGGGCCAUCACAGCCUUUGCGGCCACUCGGGGAAGCACAAAGUACAUUGACCUUACACAAUUUUCUGCCUUCUGCACAUCAGUUUAUCCUCAACAAAUGCGGCUCGUCACAGCAUAUGUGGCCGAGGCGUUCCAGGCGCUUGGUGCGAACCUCGAGUCGAUGUUGCCCGGCCAGAGCAUCCCAAGUCUUGCAAUCCUCCCGCAACACAACCAGGUGCUAGGGCAGCUAAUCGGAGUGCUCGAAUACGCUGGUCUUGUCGAGCAAAAGAGUACAGGCCUUUUUCGCACCGGCAAACCAGUGGAUGUUGGUCCCUCUGCGGUCCUGCACCAGACGAUCCUCGGCGACUAUCCCCAGCACGCUUCGGAGCACAAGCUGCUGCGCACAACUGGCGCACGGUUGGCCGAAUGCCUCACGGGUACAGCUGAUCCCUUGUCACUUCUCUUCCAGGAUGCACAGGCUCGCGCUCUAAUGCAAGAUGUGUAUUCGAACGCGCCCAUGUUUAAAGCCGCCACGAUGCAGUUGGCGCAGUACCUCCAGGACUUGUUGCUUGACUCUGGAUGCGACAGGGAGAUUGAAAUCCUGGAAAUCGGAGCUGGCACCGGCGGCACAACUGCUUUUCUUGUUUCGCAGCUUGCAGCAAUGCCCGGGGUGAAAUUCAAGUACACUUUUACAGACCUAUCCUCAUCGCUGGUUACUUUGGCACGCAAAAGGUUCGGCUCAUACUCGUUCAUGCGAUACUCGACCCUCGAUAUAGAGAAGAUGCCCCGCGACGAACUGCUUGGGAAGUACGAUAUCAUUCUAUCAUCGAACUGUAUCCAUGCCACGCGCAGCCUGGCUGCCUCGUGUAUGCACAUUCGGAAAAUGCUGCGACCUCACGGUCUCCUCUGUCUGAUUGAGCUGACCCGGAAUCUGCCCUGGUUCGACCUCGUCUUUGGUCUCCUGGGAGGGUGGUGGCUGUUCAACGACGGCCGCUCCCAUGCACUGGCCAACGAGAGUCUUUGGGAUACAAGGCUCCGAGAAGCAGGGUUCAACUGGGUGGACUGGACGGACAACCCGUUGGAAGAGUCCGAUAUCCUGCGCCUGAUUGUCGCUUCGCCCACAAUGGCAUCUCCUCCGUUACCCGUGAAACAGCCCAUUACGCCUGCCCGGGUCGAGACGGUGAGAUACGGCGAAAGGGCUGGCGUGCAGCUGAUGGCAGACAUUUACUACCCUCACACCGUGGACGCAAAGGGAACCAAACGUCCAAUUGCUCUGCUCAUCCACGGCGGCGGCCACAUUAUGCUCUCUCGAAAGGAUAUCCGGCCUUACCAAGUGGAUCUUCUUCUCGACGCAGGAUUCCUGCCUGUCAGUAUCGAUUAUCGCCUGUGCCCCGAAGUCUCCCUGCUCGAAGGCCCCAUGCCGGACGUCCGGGAUGCUCUCGCCUGGGCACGCGCCGACCUUCCACGUCAAUCCCUAAGCCGGACCGACAUUCAGCCCGACGGCGAUCGCGUUGUGGCAGUCGGUUGGUCCACUGGAGGGCACCUCGCCAUGACCCUCUCUUGGACUGCUCCCGAACACGGCAUCCUUCCGCCGCAGGCCAUUCUCGCCUUCUACAGUCCCACAGACUAUACCGAUCCAUUCUGGACGACACCGAAUUUCCCUUACGCCGGGGCGGUCUCGGAAGAAGAUACCAAGUUGACACGACCUCUCGACGCGCUCCGCGACAGUCCCAUCACCGCGUACAACCCCCCAGCCAACAAGCACGCCCUGGGCGGAUGGAUGGCACCCAGCGAUCCCCGCAGUCAAAUUGCCCUGUAUAUGAACUGGACGGGCCAGGCGCUUCCAGUACUAUUCAACGGGUGCAACUACAAGAAGCUCGCUGCUGCCAAGGGCCCUACCACCAGCGAAGUUAUCCUCCCAGCACCUCCGCUGGCCGAUGUCCAGCGCGCCUGUCCGCUCUCACAGAUCGUCGCGGGCCGCUACAAAACGCCUACUUUCUUGAUCCAUGGUGGCUUGGACGACCUUAUCCCUGUGCAACAGGCUGAGCGUACCCAGGAUGCCAUGCGCGCUGCAGGAGUAGAAUCUACCCUCCGGGUUGUGCAGGGGGGCCUGCAUCUGUUUGACCUUGGGAUCGAUAUAUCCGCGGUGGAUGAAGACGGACCAAGGGCCGUGCGUGAAGGCUACGAGUUUUUGAGGCAGCAUGUUGCCGUCUAG